UUUUUUUUUCUUAUUCUCCUUGUUGUUUGAUGCCGUUGAAUUAUCCAAAGUGGUAAAGAUACGUCUUUCUUUUAUAUUGGUUACAAUUUGAACUGACUCUUUUUUUUUGGUUUGUUUAGUUCGUUCAUUCAAUAAGGGAUAUCCACCUUCUUCACCUCAUUCUUUUUUAUUCUACUUUUUUUUUCAUACUCUUUUGCAUCAGUUAUUCUCACUCACUCACUCUCUUUCUCUUUAUUUGUCUCCUUGUGUGUAUCUCAUCCAAACAAUAUUGACAGAAAAGGCUGACUAUUAUGGAUAGCUCACCAACAGCAACACUUGAAGCAAAAGUAGUUAUUCUAGGAAAAACAGGGGUGGGAAAAACAUCGAUUGCCAUCCGAUAUAUUCAAAGAACUUUUUCGCCAAAUGGAACUUCCACUAUUGGUGCUUCCUUUAUGACAAAGAAACUUAUAGUGGAUCAAUGCCGUGUAAGACUACAAAUAUGGGAUACUGCUGGUCAAGAACGAUUCAGGGCCAUGGCAUCUCUUUAUUAUCGUGGUGCUCAAGCAGCUAUCUUGGUAUAUGAUAUUACAUCUAAUGAAAGUUUUGAUGAUAUCCAUUCUUGGGUUGAAGAAUUGAAAAAGAAUACGUCGAAGGACUUACUGAUAUAUGUGGUUGGUAAUAAAGUGGACCGUGCAUCAGAAAGAGCUGUAUCAUUGGAAUACGUAGAGGAUUAUGUACGUCAUGUAUUGGGCCAUGUCUCUGUUUAUGAAGUAUCAGCAAAAGAAGAUGAUGGUGAAAUUGAAGAAUUAUUCCUUCAAAUAGCACAAUCUUUAGUCAAUCAAAAAUAUGAUCAACAUUGGAAACAAUCAUGUCCAUCCCUUAUAUCUGAAUAUGAAGAAUCAGUUGCUCGAUCUGGUUGUUGUGGUGGUUAAAUACAAAUUUUUUUAUCCCUUUUAUUAUUAGUGGACUUCGUAGCAUGGAUCAGAAAAAAAAAACAACUUCUGUCUUGUGUAGAUCUUUUCAUAUUAGUUACCUUUCUUUAUGAUCAUUAUUGUUACUACAGUUAUUAUUAUUAUUAUUAUUUACUAUUUUUUUUUUACAUAUUAUUUGUGCCUUAUUUAUUGUCUUUCUAUAUACAUAAAC